AUGGAAGGAAUAUGUAGAAGUUGUUUAACAAAGUGCAGUAAUCCGUUAAAGUAUUCUCAGAAGAAUCGAAGGCUUUUUCAAUAUUCUACUGGAAUUAAGGUGAAACAAGAUGACUUCUUGGUGUUCCAACUCUGCCGUGAGUGUCAUUCUAAUAUGAGAAUAGCAUGCAAGUUUAAGAAAUCAUGUAGGAACAUCGAAAAGCAGUUUAAAAGCUAUUUAAAUUCUAAGGAAGUCGAGGAAAGCAUCGAUAUUAGUGCAUUUAGCAAUUUCAUCAAAAGGCAUGAUGAAACAUUUAAAUUCAGAUCACCAAAAUAUAAACACAUUGCUACACCAAAUUAUAAUCGGAACAAAGAAGAUGAUAAUGUUUCAACCACAAGCAUGCGCAAUUUUCUAAACGACCUACUGCCAGGUAAUGAGAUACCUGAUAAUGUGGCUCGUAUUGUGAGUGAGGUCAUAAGGGAGGAAGCAGACAUUUCUGAUGAUUCCCUCGAAUCGCAUUGGCUUCAGGAUGAACCUUCAGUAAUAUCAGAUCUUAGAUUUGAUUUUGGAUUGAGUCCCUGUUCAACAACUCGAUCAGUUAUCAAUGACCACUGCUACACAUUACCCUUGCAAUACCAAAAUCUUAUUAACUAUGAUAAAUCAAAAACAACAGAUUGUAUGCAAGACGAAAAUUAUCAAGGAAAUUAUACAGAAGUUACAAAUCAUGUGCCAGUGUUUAAUAUAGAAGAUAAUGUUCAAGCUAAUAGAUGUGUUAUCGAUAAGAAUUUAGACAAGGCUUUGUUAGAUGAGAGUACAGAUAAAAUUGCACUAGAAGAUUUACUAGCUACACCUCCAUUGAUACCAAAUGCAUGGAAGCCAUCUACGCCAACAAUUAACAACAUUUUGUUUGGUGAUAAACUCGAUGAUGAUAUUACAAAAGUUGGCACCACCAUAGAAACAUAUGAAGGUGUAAAGGGAACGGUUGAUGUGCUUGAUGAAUUUUUGAUACUUAAGGGUUUUACUCGAGAGGCAGAUGUCAACCAUGAAGGUGUUAAAAAGAAAAAGUCAGUAAAUGAUGUUGAUAUCUUAGAAAAUAAUCAAUCGACUAUCAACUUGAACUGCCCUCAUGAACAUGACGAUCAAGUGGAACCUAAAAUUAUUGAUCAUUAUGAUUUACAGAACAAAGUUAUGGGUGAUGAUUUAACUGAUGAGGAAAUUUCUACACAGAGUGAAGAAACCUGUGAUGUGACUAAGAAACCAUCGAUAAAACAUAUGGAAAUACUGGAAAGUGACAAGAAGAUUGUUAUAAGAAUUAAGCGAACACCACAGAUAGUAAUUAAUGACCUUAGCAACAAUAAGAAUCAAGGAGAAACAAAUGAAAGUUGUGAUGGAAAUAAAAAGAAAACAGCUAAACAUUAUGUUAAAGAUAAUGUAAUACAACAAAUCACGGAUAAUGCUAAAAAUGAUGAAGAAAUCUUCAAAAAACCACUCACUCCAAUGGAGAACAAAUAUUGCUUAGAUACAGUUGCAUGUAAAUUAUGCGAAAGGUUUUUUGAAAAGGUGCACUAUUUGAAAGUACACAUGACCAAAAUGCAUAAAUUAAAAAUAAUCACGCCGAAAAUAAAAAGCAGUGUUCUAAGGAUUUGCAAUUACUGCGGAAUGGAGACUAGGCAGAGCAAAUCUAGGUUCUUGAAGCACAUUGAGAAUCACAUGAAGAAAAUCAACGGAUUUUCCUGCAAUAAAUGCAAGCUAAUAUUCAGUACAAAGGCUAAGUUGGACAUGCAUGACCAAAUCCACAAUGGUGCUAUCGUUAAGAGGCCUAGCUCCAAUGAAAAGAGUCACGUGUGUGAACUGUGUGGUGGUUCCUUCUCAUCAUCAAACUACCAAAUACAUUUACGCCGUCACAACAAAGACUAUGGCUUCAAAUGCGCGCAGUGCGGUUCCGGGUUCUAUAGGAAAACUGAUCUAACACUACAUAUGCGCACUCACACCGGCGAAAAACCAUUUAAGUGUACUUUCUGUAAAAAGUCUUUUAACAGGCGCGACGUACUCAAUAUACACAUUAGAACGCACACUGGUGAAAGGCCCUUCAAAUGCAACAUUUGUGAUAAAACGUUUACAACGAACGUGAACCUGAAGACUCAUCAAACGCGCGCCAAGGAGUGUCUCAUUCUGCAAGAGAAACUCGCCUUCCCCGACCAAUUAAGAGAGUGGGUGGAAAUUGAAUAA